AGCUGGCUUGGCUCUUCCAUGUGGCUCCAGCGGGGAUGGAGGACUCGGUGGCGGCGGCGGCGGCUGCUGCUGCGGCGGCGACGGAGGAGCGACUCUGAGGAGGGAACGGGGCCAGACUCAGCCCGACAGCGGGAAUAGAGCCCUCCAGAAUAGGAGUCUUAUAGCCCCUGAGGUGGAAUGGUGAUGGCUGCUUGAGGGAAUCUCCUCUCAUUCAUCCUGUCAUGUAUAUCAUGCUGUUGGUGAUUGGGCCAUUCAUCUAAGAUGGGAUUUACCCUGUGAAACAGGGAGAAGACUUAUGGACCCCAAACAUUUCAAGUUGUAAUUGAGUUUUUCAAAGUGCAGACACACAUGCAAAGCUCUUUUGCUUUGGACCCUCUGCUUUAUUAAAGCUGCUGUGUUGCUAACCCAGAACUGUUCCAGUCUGUUGACCCAUCAUCAUGGCUUCAGUUUGGAAGAGACUGCAGCGCGUGGGAAAACAUGCAUCCAAGUUCCAGUUUGUGGCCUCCUACCAGGAACUGAUGGUUGAGUGUACAAAGAAAUGGCAACCAGAUAAACUGGUGGUAGUUUGGACAAGAAGAAGUAGAAGGAAGUCUUCUAAGGCUCAUAGCUGGCAACCUGGAAUAAAGAAUCCAUACCGUGGUGUUGUUGUAUGGCCUGUUCCUGAAAACAUUGAAAUCACUGUAACACUUUUUAAGGAUCCUCAUGCAGAGGAAUUUGAAGACAAAGAGUGGACAUUUGUCAUAGAAAAUGAAUCCCCUUCUGGUCGAAGGAAAGCUCUUGCUACUAGCAGCAUCAAUAUGAAACAGUAUGCAAGCCCUAUGCCAACUCAGACAGAUGUCAAGUUAAAAUUCAAGCCAUUGUCUAAAAAAGUUGUAUCUGCCACUCUCCAGUUUUCAUUAUCUUGCAUUUUCCUUCGGGAAGGAAAAGCCACGGAUGAAGACAUGCAAAGUUUGGCUAGUUUGAUGAGUAUGAAGCAAGCUGACAUUGGCAAUUUGGAUGACUUUGAAGAAGAUAAUGAAGAUGAUGAUGAGAACCGAGUGAACCAAGAAGAAAAGGCAGCAAAAAUUACAGAAAUUGUAAACCAGUUGAAUGCUCUGAGCAGCUUAGAUGAAGAUCAAGAUGACUGCAUAAAGCAAGCAAAUAUGCCUUCAGCUAAAUCAGCCAGUUCCUCUGAAGAGCUUAUCAACAAACUUAACUUUUUGGAUGAAGCAGAAAAGGACCUGGUGACUGUGAAUUCAAAUCCAUUUGAUGAUCCCGAUGCAGUAGAUUUAAAUCCAUUUGGAGAUCCUGACUCAGAAGAACCAGUUACUGAACCAGCUUCGCCUAAAAAAACAGAAGAAUCUUUUCAUAAUAACAGUUAUAAUCCCUUUAAAGAUGUACAAUAUUUGAACCCAUUUGAUGAGCCAGAAACUUUUGUAACUAUAAAGGAUUCUCCUCCCCCGUCUACAAAACGAAAAAAUAUAAGACCUGUGGACAUGAGCAAGUACCUCUAUGCUGAUAGUUCUAAAACUGAAGAAGAAUUGGAUGAAUCAAAUCCUUUUUAUGAGCCUAAACCAACUUCUCCAAAUAAUUUGGUAAAUCCAUUUCAAGAACUGGAAAUUGAAAGAAGAGUGAAACGAAGGGCCCCACCUCCACCAGUUCUCUCACCAAAGACAGGAAGAGUAAAUGAAAACACAGUUGUUUCUGCAGGAAGAGAUCUCUCUACUUCUCCUAAGCCAAGUCCUAUACCAAGUCCUAUUUUGGGGCGAAAGCCAAAUGCUAGUCAGUCAUUGCUUGUAUGGUGCAAAGAAGUUACGAAAAACUACCGAGGAGUGAAAAUCACCAAUUUUACUACAUCAUGGAGAAAUGGUUUAUCUUUUUGUGCUAUAUUACACCACUUUAGACCAGACUUAAUUGACUACAAGUCUCUGAAUCCUCAAGAUAUUAAAGAGAACAACAAAAAGGCUUAUGAUGGAUUUGCCAGCAUAGGAAUUUCCCGGUUAUUGGAACCUUCUGAUAUGGUUUUAUUAGCAAUUCCUGACAAACUGACUGUUAUGACUUAUCUUUAUCAAAUAAGGGCACAUUUCAGUGGCCAAGAAUUAAAUGUUGUUCAGAUAGAGGAAAACAGCAGUAAAAGCACAUAUAAAGUUGGAAACUAUGAAACAGAUACAAACAGUUCUAUUGAUCAAGAAAAAUUCUAUGCAGAGCUGAGUGAUCUGAAGCAGGAGCCUGAUCUUCGACAGCCUACCAGUGGAGCAGUAGACUUCUUAUCACAGGAUGACUCUGUAUUUGUAAAUGAUAGUGGGGUUGGAGAAUCAGAAAGUGAGCAUCAGACUCCUGAUGAUCACCUCAGUCCAAGCACAGUCUCCCCUUACUGUCGCCGAACUAAAAGUGACACAGAACCCCAAAAGUCCCAGCAGAGCUCUGGAAGGACUUCAGGAUCUGAUGACCCUGGAAUAUGUUCCAAUACAGAUCCAACCCAAGCACAGGUUUUGUUAGGCAAGAAGAGACUAUUAAAAGCUGAGACUUUAGAAUUAACUGACUUAUAUGUUGGUGAUAAAAAGAAUGAUGUGACUCCACCCUUUAUUUGUGAUGAGAUAGACCAGCAAAAACUUCAGACUCAAGACAUCAGUAGUAACAUGGAGCAAGAAAAAUUAGAGAAUUCUAAAAACUUAGAAUGCAGAACAGAUGCUGAAUCACCUAUCAAAAAACCAAGUUUAUCUCCUACUUCCAAACUUGGAUACUCAUACAAUAGAGAUGCAGACCUUGCAAAGAAAAAACGUACUUCCAUGAGGCAGACAGAGUCUGAUCCAGAUGUUGAUAGAACCACAUUAAAUCAUGCAGAUCAUUCUGCUAAAACAGUCCAGCAUCGAAUGUUAUCCAGACAAGAAGAACUUAAAGAAAGAGCAAGAGUUCUUCUUGAACAAGCAAGAAGAGAUGCAGCUUUAAAGGCAGGGAAUAAGCAGAAUUCCAGCACAGCCACACCACUCUGCAACAGGCAGCUAAAUGAUCAGCAAGAUGAAGAGCGACGUCGGCAGCUGAGAGAGAGAGCUCGUCAGCUAAUAGCAGAAGCUCGAUCUGGAGUGAAGAUGUCAGAACUUCCUAGCUAUGGUGAAAUGGCUGCAGAAAAGUUGAAAGAAAGGUCAAAGGCAUCUGGAGAUGAAAAUGAUAAUAUUGAGAUAGAUACUAACGAGGAGAUUCCUGAAGGCUUUGUUGUAGGAGGUGGAGAUGAACUUACUAACUUAGAAAGUGACCUUGAUUCGCCCGAACAAAAUAGUAAGUUGGUGGACUUGAAGCUGAAGAAGCUCCUAGAAGCUCAACCACAGGUGGCAAAUUCAUUCUCCAAUGCUGCCCAGAAAGCUGGAACUGAGAGCUCAGAACAAGAAAUUAAGAAUGGCACAGAAGAUCUCCGGACUGAGCGAUUACAAAAAGCAACAGAACGUUUUAAAAAUCCUGUUUUGUUCAAUAAGGAUUCUACAGUCAGAAAAACUCAGCUUCAGUCUUUCAGUCAAUAUGUUGAGAAUAGACCAGAGAUGAAAAGGCAGAGAUCAAUACAGGAAGAUACAAAGAAAGGAAAUGAGGAGAAGGCAGCGAUAACUGAAACUCAGAGGAAGCCAUCAGAAGAUGAAGUGCUUAAUAAAGGGUUCAAAGACACCAGUCAGUAUGUUGUAGGAGAAUUGGCAGCACUAGAGAAUGAGCAAAAGCAAAUUGACACCCGUGCCGCGCUGGUGGAGAAGCGCCUUCGCUAUCUCAUGGACACAGCAAAGAACACAGAAGAAGAAGAAGCUAUGAUGCAAGAAUGGUUUAUGUUAGUUAAUAAGAAAAAUGCCUUAAUAAGAAGAAUGAACCAGCUUUCUCUACUGGAAAAAGAACAUGAUUUGGAACGGCGGUAUGAACUGCUGAACCGGGAAUUGCGGGCAAUGCUAGCUAUUGAAGUGCCUGGAAUCUCUCUGCCAGUUUCCUUUGCUGGUUGAGGGAAAAGGGAGACUUGAGGAAAGGAACAGCCUGUUGAUUACAAAUAAAGACACUUUCUUGGAGAGAGAGGCCUGUCCCACUAGCCUGGGCAGGAUGUGGGCAGGGCUCUUAGAGAGGUGCUGAUCAUUGUGAAGAUCAACUCUGUGAAGACAGUGUCCUCUCAGCCAGCCCUUCGAAUGGACACACAAGCAAUUCAAUAGCCUUUUUGAGUAUUAAAACACCACAGAAAAACAUGAAUAGUCAAUAAUAGUUGGUUUUGUUUGUUUUAAAGUUUUCUUUGUUUUAAAGUUCAUUUCUCUCUUCUUUCCUGAUCUCUUCUUCUUAUUAGCCAUAGAUAGUUUAAUUAAUAAAUAAAAAAAUUAAAAUCAUUUCAAGUAAAUCUGCUGCUGAAACUAUUCAUCAAGUGGAAGGCAUAUAAUAGCCAUAGUACACUAAAAUAAAUAUUAACAGCUUGGUUUGAGAGAAAAAAUAUUCAAUACAUUUAUUCUUCUGAGAAUCUAUAAUCACUUUGGCCUAUUUCUUACCCUUUUUUCCUGAGGUGUUUUCAUAGCAGGAGUUUCACUCUACUGAGCUAAGUUGUAGGAUCCCUCAAGCUAACAAACAUCUUUUAGAUACUUUUCCUAUAGUUUUUUUUUGUUGUUGUUGUUGUUCCAGAUUAUUUAAUGCCCCCUCAGGAAAGAUAAAUUCAUUUCUGAACACAUUGGGGUGGGCUUUCAGAAAGUGGUAUGUUCAUUUUCUGCACAAGAAAUGGAUCUUCUCUAGGAUUUUGUACAUCUUGAUUUAUUCUUGGCUUAGAGUUUGAAGUGGGUGCUCUUCUAAAGGGAUUUAUGCAUAGGUUCACUAUUUUUGUAGUUAUGGUUUAUAUGAUAAGCUUUUUAUAUUUAAAAUCAAUAUGUAAUCCUGUGGAGGAGCUUAUCCCCUAAAACCCCAUUUGUAAAUCUAUUUUAGCUUUGUUACACAGCACAGCCACAGUCUUCCAUAGAUUGAUUAGGUACAGCAGUAGAAUCCUAUCAAAUGGCCUGUUCUGAUGAUGAUGCAAACUCUUUCAGGAUUGCUAGUUGACUGGAACUAAAGAUAAGACUUGACUGCAAUCCCCCAAUGUGCUCUUUACAAAACUAGUGUUAAUUUUCAUCAAAGUGCCAGGCUUAUUUAUAGUGGCGAGGUUGAAGGUUUACUACAAGAACUUUAGGUCCUUUCUAUUAAAGUGUUUAUAGGUAUUUCUCUUGCCUUUUUUCAAGGUAAUUAUCAACUUCAGCAAGUAAACUGAAUUGGGGAAUGAAUAAUUGGCCCUAUAUAUGAAAAAGAGUUUUUAAAUUAACAAAACAGCUCAGUGCAGAUGGACAUAAACAGAAUCUCUUUAUUUCAACACUUUGGCUCAAAUGCAGCAUCAAAACUUAAUCCUAUUUGUUGUGAGAGGAUAUGGCUUUUGUAGCAAAAGUACACUGGAAUCUUUAAAUUAAUCAGAACCCACAUUGUAGUCUGUCCAAGCCAAAGUCAGUGCAGCUAGCUAGCUGUGACUGGUGUUAUAGGUGAGUAAUCCUUUUUUUUUAAAUGCAUAACAGGUAACACAGAAACUUACUUGCAGAUUUUUAAAACAUGACAUGUCUAGGUGUAGCUAUUUAAAAGUGGAUUUUUUAAAUUUAGUCAUGUGAAUAUCUUGUGUAAAUCUUGACCAAUUUUAAAUGUAAUAUUUUACAAAGAAAUGAGCAAAAUAAUUUUCUUAAUUUCCAAAAUUAGCAUUCAAGUAUAUAUAAUAUGUAUGUGUGCGUAUAUGUGUACAUAUAUAUGUAAUUUAUUUGUACUGUGAGAAAGCAAAUACAUAAAUGUCUAAUUUGGCUAAUGUAUAAUCUGGUCACUGCAAUAGCUAUUUGCUGUAUAAUUGACUAAUAUUUCAUAAUAGAUAUUAAUGUAGUAAUAGCAUAUUUAAUAUGCAAAAUCCUAUAAACUUGUGUUAGAAUACUUAAAAUUCUGAUGUCAAAUUUAACUCUUAAAUGAUGCAAAUCAUCAAAAUAUUGUUAAUUUUAAAACGUUUUUAUUCCAAUGGGAAAUGUCAUUAGUGAGCUUGGAAAAGGUAAGAUUAAAGAUUUUUUUAAAUACUUCAUGGAUUAAAAAAAGUUUCCUUUUUUAUCCAUAUGUUAAAAAUCCUAAUUUUUCAAAUGUUAAAGAAGUGCUGGUAUUUUAAGUUAUUAAUUAAAGCUGUGAAAGUGUCUGGUCAAGUUCAUAGGAGUAAUUUAAAAGAGUAUGUGCCUGUUGUUAAAUUUUAUUUUUUCUUAAAUUUCUAAAAUUUUCAAUUUGAUAAUAUUUUUUGCAUAUGGUGGAGAAAGUUUAUUUCCUAGUUGUAAAGAUGAUAUCAAAAUGUUUUAGUAGAAUUAUAAAUCUAAACUUAUAAUCAGGAUGAUUUCUUGAGGUUAAAAAUUAAAUAAUAUUCAUCAAUGCUAAAUUUAAUAAUUAUAAAAUUUUGUUAAAAUUUUGUUAUAAAUUUAAUAGUUUUUUCUGAAUUAAUAUUUCUAGAACUGCAAUCAUCUGGAUUUAGAAUAAAUAACCUUAAAGAUCUUUCUAGCCUGGAGAGUCUAUUAAUUUACUUGCUGGUUAGAAUAAGAUUAUUUUAAAAACCAGAUAGAAAAUUGUACAGCAUUUCUAUCUUUAGUUGCAUUUUAAGAGAGUAAAUUUGAGAUAAAUAUGGCUUCUCUUAGUUUUGCUUAUUAGAAUUCUUUCACUCAGAAAAAAGGAUUCCAAAAUAAUGGUUUCUUUAUUCUCUCCAUGCUAUAUAGGAUAUUUCACUUUUUAAAUAAGAAUAUAAUAAUGAUUCGUUAUUUAAUGUAUUUAUUUUGUGAUGUUUUGUAUCUAAUGUAGAUAAUUAAUAUAUGGCAUGUUUCAUUUUUAUAUAUUUAUGUGUUUGAGCUUAUAAUGAAAGGAAUAGUGAUCAAAUUGAAUAAACUAUUCUAGCUUUU